AUGGCAUUGGCACCGUCAGGUCUUUCAUUCACAGUGCGUCGGCGUCAGCCAGAGCUGGUAGCUCCGGCAAAAGCAACGCCGCACGAGGUGAAGCUUUUGUCGGACAUUGACGACCAAGGGAGCCUUCGGUUCCAUGUGCCGGUGAUCCAGUUCUAUCGCGGCGAUCCUUCGAUGAGAGGAAGAGAUCCUGUUGAGGUUAUCAGAAAAGCAUUGGCCGAGACUCUGGUGUUUUACUAUCCCUUCGCCGGCAGACUCCGGGAAGGGCCUAACCGGAAGAUCAUGAUGGACUGUAAUGGCGACGGGGUCGUUUUCAUCGAGGCCGACGCCGAUGUCACUCUGGAGGAAUUCGGUGAUCUUCAUCCUCCUUUUCCUUGCUUUGAAGAGCUUCUUUACGAUGUCCCAGGAACCUUAGAUCUUCUCAACACUCCACUUCUCCUUAUUCAGAUAAGCUCUUAUUACUAA